GCCAGCAGUCAUGGCUGCUCCGAAAGAGAAUUUACUGUGUCUUGGACAUCUGACCGGCACUGAGAGAAACACUUUCACCAAGCAAAGAGAGCACAGUCUAAAACAGAGUGUUCACAGGCCAAUGCUGUUCCAAACAAACUUUUCAACUCCUCAGAGUCGCCAACAGCUCAGAGUGAUGCACCUGCAGCAGCGCUGGCAGGAGCUGAAGGAGAGAGAGCGCACAGCUCAGCAACACAACCAGCAGCUUCUGCAGCAGUUUGACAGAGCCCAGGACACACUGAGGGAGAUGCUGGCCCGCAAUGCUGCCAUGAAAACGAUCCGGAUGGAGUAUGGCAGGUACCUGGAGGAGAGCGAUCCCGGCUGGCAUCAGCAAAUCAAAGAGAAAACACAGGCCGCACAGAGGAAGCGGAUGGAGGUAUAUUUGAGGUCAUGUCUACAGAAUUCAGAAGGACUGAGCAAGUCCUCUCCAGAAAGACUUUUACUUUCACAGGGGUUUGCCAAGAAGCCACAGACAGUUUCUGCUCUUCGAGACAGCAACGUGGAUGUCUCCUCUCAUCUCCCCUGUAGACCAUCUUCUUGGCUCACCCACACUCCAUCCCAGACAGCAGGGUUUCCUAUCAACAUGCCCUGUCAACCCCAACCCUCUCAUGUCCCUCCACCUUACCUCCCGCCACCCCCCAUCUUCUCUCAUCCCCACCAAUCCCAGGUCCACCACCUCGCCUCCACGCCCGGUAAUCAUCACCCCUGGCCUCGGCAGGAUCCAACAGGCUGGGCUUCGCCUCAGUGCGACAACCCCUGGUCCUGGACUACAGGUGCCACUGGGAUCCCCUCCGUCUCCGACGCUCUGUGGCGUCAGCUGCACACGGAGGAACCUGCUCAUGAGAGGGAGGUGGAGGCUGAGACAAGAGGUGCAGCGAGCUCAAAGAGAGAGGGAGGUGGUGGAAGCAGGAGCAGCCAUUGCUCUCAGGAGCUGGACAUUAAUCCGGUUCGUCUGUCCAGUGGAUACGCAGAGAGCGGUGAGAGUGGCAGGGACUCAAGUCAGACGAGCAGCGAGAAGAGGAAGAAGAGGGAGAGGAGAGGGAAAACACAGCGUUCCUCCUCAGACGGUGAAAAGUGCAACUCUCAGGAGUCUUCUAGGACUUCCAGUGCUAUUGUCAUCGCUGGAGAAACAUUGGUCCAAAGCUCAGAGAGCGAUGCCUCAUCAGAGAAAUGCAGCACGAGUGGUAGCAGGAGGACAGCGAGGAGAAGUGGGGGACUUGCCGUUGGGUCACCGCCGACAGAGAAGGUGGCAAACGAGAGGACCCAGAGCGAGAGAGACGACUGUGGGAGUCACAAAGAAGGGAGACACUCUGCCGGUGAGGAGUCAGGGAGUCCGGUUGAGGAAUCCAUGAGUGAAGAUGCAAAGAGUCAAAGUCCUGAAGAUCGAUCAGAAAGCCGCGGAGAGGAGGAAUCAGAAAGUGUUAGUGUAAAGACUGAAAAUGGAGAUGCAAAGACAGAAAAUCAGGAGAGUGGCAGCAGUGCAGAGCAAAGCAGCGCAGAAGAAAAGGAUGAGGAAGAAGAGGAGCAUAAGAACGAUCUUGGAGAAGGAGCCAAUGGAGAUGGUGAGGAAGAGAGCAGUCAGAGAGAUGAAGAGAAAGACGUGAGACACGUGGAUGAUGAUGAUGAUGAUGAUGUUUCUGCCAGAGAGAACACAACAGAGGAUGAAGAGGAGACAGGAGCAGAGGAUGACUGGGUGGAUGAGGGAGACAAAGAGAGGUUAAAGGACGAAGAUGGUGAGAGCAGAAGACAGGAUUCUUCCUUCUCUCAAGAUGAAGAUGAGAACGGAAGAGAUGAAAACGAGAUAGAGUUAGAGGGGGAGGGGUCUGUUGAAGAGGAGGAUGGAGAAGAAGAAGACGAAAAGGGGAGUGAGGGGGGAAGUGGUUCAGACGACAGUAUCAUCUCACCACAAGAAAACAGACAAAAAAGGUUGCACAUUAUUCCCAAGGAAGCAGCGGAAGACGACGGCGACGGCGAUGAGAAGACGGGGAGUAAACCAGGAUCAUCAGACGAGGACGAGUUCAUCGAGGACGAUAUUGAGAAUCUCCUCGCACCCCAAGAGCAAACCAAGAGAGCAGAAAAGGACCUGAAAGUUGACGACAAACCUAAAGAAGCUUGUGACCACGUGGACACUUUUCGAGCAGAGCAGGACCAUUCCACAAAAACGGAUCAUCAAAGUGACUCGGAUGAGUUUGAUCACUUUUAUGACUGAAUGUGUCGAUAUUUUUUUUUGGGCUUCCUGGCAUUUAAAUCAGAGACAGAUAUCUAAUGUUUCACAAUUCACAUAAAAAUAAAACUAUG